GAUCAGCCCGAACACCUAUGCAAUAGAGAUUUAUACUAGUCAAGCGGUUUUUAUUGAACGAAAUGCUGUUCACUGGAUCAACAGCGAAGCCGAAACGUGACGAGAAGAAGGAAAAGAAAUCUGAUCGAGACGAGAGGUACGACAUUCAAGAGGGAGUGUUCGUACGAUGGGGAAACUCCUUGUUAGCGAACGAACCGCUUACGAAUUUUCGCGAUCUGGCCGAUUUCAAGUACAUUAGUAUGAUUGUCCAUGUUGCCACUGGCAAUCCUAUGACCAUGAGUGGUAGCCGAUAUGAGGACAGCAUAGCCAUUCUCAACGCUAUAAACGACAACAAAAUCGCUCCGCAUGAGCUUGCUGAAUCGAAUCAGAAAGCUGUUAUGGCUACUUGGUGGGGUCUAGUGCAAGCUUUUUGGAAACGAUUUGGCCCGGAUCCAAUAUGCGAAGAAAAGCUUACUGAAGCCAUCAAACAAUGGUGUCUGGAAGUCACGAAAGACUAUGAUGCCGUUUCCGUUUCCGAUUUCACAUCGUCAUGGAGGGAUGGCUACGCUUUCAAUUGUUUGCUGCAUUCUUUCGACAAAAACCUGGUGGAUCUCGAGCUGGUUGCCGAAAGUACGGCAGCGGAACGGCUCGAGUACGCAUUUGCGACCGCUGAAAGAGAAUUCAAAGUGGCUCGAUUGCUGCAUGUUAAAGAUCUCCAAAGUGAACACUUGGACGCGCACUCCGUUGUGUGCUAUCUGAUGACACUCUAUCUAUCCUUAAUCGGCAAAAGUACCAUUGGAACAUUCCAGAAUGUUGAUCCAUCAACAGUUACUCCACCAGAUCAAUCCGCAUCUAGUCCGCAAUAUACAGAACCCGUUCCGUCGGCGAGUGAAGACACGAAAGCGGUUGGUGUAGCGGUAACUCCUGCCAUAGAAGCACAAGCUGUCGAACAAGCAACGCAAUAUGUUGUACGACAGGAGAGUAUCCCCGCGGAAGUUCCGCCGGUUCAACCUCAACAACCCCAAGCUGUUCAACCACAGCCACAGCCACAAGUGCAAGCACCACCUCAGCCACACCCACAGACCCUCCAGCCUCCAACGCAAUGCUCAACGAUCCCAUCCACUUCGUCAACAUUGGCUGCACCGGAUUCCGCUCCCAGAGCGAAGAAACCGCAUUUACAGACUAGUGCUGAACAUUCUACUGAAACUGAACAGGUGCGGUCCAGAAAGUCAUCUUCAUCUAGUCAGAAGUCGAGUAAAAGCAGAAGAGCACGCAAAGAGGAGAUGACGAGAGAGUUUGAGAAUUGUCUUGAGCAGGUCUUGACAUGGCUUUUGGAAGCAGAAGAAGAGCUGAGUCUCCUAGAAGAGGUAGACGAAAGCGACUUGAAAGUCGUUCGGAAACAAUUCAAAGACUUCGAGAAUUUUAUGUCGUCAUUAACGGAGAGUCAAGACACGGUCGGAAGGGUUUUACACAGGGGCCAACUCCUUUGUGGGAAAUCCGAAACCGAUGAGGAACGUCAAGCUAUCGAGGGUCAACUACGGGUUGUAAAUGGUCGCUGGGAAGAGCUUCGUGAACUGGCAAUGCAGCGACAGAAUGCUCUUCAACUUAUUCUGAAUCGGUUACAAAAUCAGCAACUGGCAAACAUUGAAAAAUGGCUAAGCGGAGUGGAAUUCGAGAUGACUUCGUGUGAGCCAUUGGCCGACAAUGAAGAAGCUGCACUUCGUCAGAUCGAAGCGCAUACGAAGUUGCAAGCAAAAAUUCAUGCGUUUCAAGAAACUAUCAAUGAUCUCAGCUCAUUUGUUGCUGUGGUAGACGAAGGCGAAUCUUCUGAUGAACGGAUUGGCGCGCUUGAACAACGUCUUCAGUUUAUUGGAGAACGUUGGCGAACGGUUUGUGAAUGGGCUGAAGUGAGAGCUUCGCAUCUUGAUGGACUUGCUGAGCUCUGCGCCCAUACGGCUGAGGUUUUCAGUAGGCUCUGUGAUUGGUUAAAGCAGAGGGAACAUGAGCUGCUUGGCCUAAAAUCCGCUCACCACCUUGAGGAUCCCGAGCAGAUUUCUGAGCAGGUUAAAAUGCUGCAAAACGCCGAAGCUGCGCUGGAAGCCGAGCACAGUUCUUUUGUAAGACUGUCACAGUUGAGCUGCGAGCUGGUCGCCCGACUGGAUAAAGGCAACGGAGCUGCUGCGAACGCUGUCCGACGACAGCUGGAUACCGUAACCCAACGAUGGGAUAAUCUAGUCGCGAGAAUCGAGGAGCAUAGCAGAAUGCUUGUACAAAGUGGCAAAGCAGACGUGCGACAAUUUGCGUCUCCUCUUCCUGCUGGUCCAUCGGCAAUCGAACAAAACAUCAAAGCGGAUCGCGUUGUGAAACCGAACGAGUUGUCAAUGAAAAUAACAUCGUUAGAGGACCAUGCGGCGGAUCCAGGCUCGGGAACAUCGGGUACCGACACGGAUGAAGCUGCUAAUCAGCUCGUGGAACGUUUUCUAAAACAUGUGGAUAAAAUGACAACUGAAAUGGAACCUCUGCAAGCGUGGACUACUACUUUUUCUGUGUCCAAAAAACCUGAACAGGUGCGAAGAAUGAUUAGUAUCUGUCAAGAAAAGCUCAUGGAAAUAAAAGACCAAGAGGCAAAGGUGAAUCGGCUGCAACUCGAACUUGAACACAUGCACUUGAGCGAUGACCUGACGGCUGCGCAAUUAAAACUAGCCAACGAUGCUUUCGAGAAGUUCGCCAAGGGCUGGGCUCGAAUCGUCACGAAAAUCAGCGAGGCGAUGAACGUGCUCACCGGCCAUGACGAAAGCGACGAAGAACAUGUGGUAGCGAAAGGAAUCGAGCAAUGGAUUGAGGGUUGCGAUAAAGUACUGACCGAGUUAGCACGAGCGACAAAAGACGAACGAGAAAAACGAUUAGCUAAGUUACAACAACAAUUGGAAACGCAGCAAACCAAUCUGAGCUUUAUUGAAAAGGAUCCGCUCAAGAGAGCAAUAUUGAAGAAAGGUCUGGAGAUCGUCAAAAAGCGAAUCGAUGGCCUUAGUGAGGAACCGUCCACCUCAAAACUUGAAAGCGACUUGAACGCUGAAUUGGAAGGAGAGUGGUGUACGGUUGGCGACGUAGCUGCUCUGGACAAAGAGGUGGAAAGAGCCGAAAAAGCCGUGGAAAAGGCUCGUAAUAGUAAUAUGGGAAGCGAAAUGGUUGAAAAAGCAGAAACGAGAAAAGCAGAAAUGAUGGAGCGGCGGCGAGCAACCUUGGCAGCGUUGCAAAAAAUGAAAUCGGCUGAGGAAGGAAUAAAAAGCAUAGCCGCAUCGGUAGAAGCGACGAGCAGCAGCGACAUUUCGCUGUCGGGUACGAUCGUCGAGCUGAAGCACGCACGUGCACGUCUUGCAUCCUACGAAAACCUCAAAAAAGAAGCCGAAAGAGCGGCCGAGAAGAUGCUGGCGCUCGAUGACAACGUGCCCCAAUCAAUCACACAAUCGACGCGCAAUCGCAUUCGGGAGCUGGGAGAUCGAUGGCGAGAGUUGGAAAACGCAAUUGAGGAUCACUUGAGUUGCGCCAGGAAAGAACAGAAACGAUCCGUGCAGAAGUCGAUCAGCAACGAGGAGCGACUCCUCGAAGAGCUCGAAAAGCGCCUGGCUGACAGCGAAAAAGCGUCUGACGCUGAGGAAUGCUGUGAAUAUUUGGAUAAUCUCGAAAAUCUCUUGGAAAAAGUUAACCAGUCAAUGGAUGUCGACGAAGAGAUCCUAUCCAUGGAAGAGUCCUAUGUUCGUGAUUCGCUGACGCGAUUGAACCAAUCACGGCAGCGAUUGGCGGAUGCGACGCGCGAGCGAAUUGCGGCGUUGUCGCGUGCCGUGGCCGACUGUGAACGCUUCGAGAAACAAAUGGCUGAUAUACAACAAUGGAGCGCAAAUGUCUCUACACUUCUGGAUUUGAGGAAAUCCAGCGAUGUUUCUGCGCUCGACGUUCCGGAUGAAUACAAGUCCGCAUAUGAGUCGGGAACCUUGGUGCAAGAAUUGUCUCGCGAAUUUGCAAAUUGGUCAACAGCUCUGGACGAGACGGCUGCGUGGCUAGAGGAGGGUGAACGAAAGGACAAUGAAAGAUUUCACGAUCAGUUCGCUCACGCAAAGAACACCUUUGCCGAUCUCAGCCAGAAAUUCGCUGACUUUAAACAUCCGAAAGCAUUUGAAGAAAAGCUGGAGAGGAUUGUACACAAACUUACGGAUAUUGAAAACACUUUAGACGACAUGACAGGAAUCGAAGCGAUCUUCUGCGCCGACGCCCUAACUGAGGCGAAAUCGGUAGUGAAAAAAUUGAUAACAAUUGAAGAAGAUCUACAAAGCCUAGAAAAAGGAAAAGAGCAGUUGAUACAGGAAGGAAUUUUCGACAAAGAAUCUGCAGCACCAUUCACAGAGAAGCUCCGUCAUAGCAAAAAGAAGACAAAGGAGUUGGGAGUGAGAGCAGAAGAUGCUGUAGAACGUCUGGAGGACUGCGUCGAAAUGUACGAGAAAAUACUGAAGGAAUCUGAGAAAGUGGAAGAAUUUUUGGACCAACUGGAAGAUCGCUUAGAGAAGUACGCAUCAGAAGAUAAGUCGAAUGACGAAGAGGUCGUGAACGAGCUGAUUAGCGAGUGGAAUCGUCACGAAUCUUCCAUGAAAAAUCUCGAAGAACUCGAACGUCUUCUUCGAGAAAAUGCCGUCAAAGUCAGCGAAGCUGUUUGUGCUGAUAAACGACGUAGAGCUGAUGCGCUAAAGAUACGAUUAGACGGAUGGAGUCGAACAGUGCAGGAAAUGGAUAACGACGAAGACACGCUGCUUAUGCAAGUUGAUGAACUCCAUACCUAUUUGGUAAAUGAGUUGGAUAAAGUCAAAGAUAAGAAACCUGAAGAGAUCGCGAGUGCGCUGCGAUUCCUGCGCGGCGAUCGCGAUCGGCUAUCGUCUCGCGCCAGGAAGCUCGCCGCGAUAAAUCCACGGGUCGCGAACGCGAAUCUCUGCGGAGAGGUCGCCGAUCGGUGGUCCCAACUGGAAUCGCAGCUUCAUGCUCCUGAAAAGCUAACGUCGGAUUUGGGAGGAGUGCAUCUGAAUCCUGACCUGCCGUUCCAUCAAAAGAUCGAUCUCCUAAAAGAGAGCUUUGACAAAGCUAGGGAUAGCCUGGACUUCGACAGAGCCCCAGUCUCGAAUGUGAAGCAGUGGGAACAGAGGAUCAAGGCGGUGGACGAUUUCCUGGCAGAUAGCCGUUCAGCUUUGGAAGAAGUUAUCGAUCAAGGGCGAAGUCUGGCAAAUAGUGGUCGAAUGGAACUUGACACUCAUAGAGCCAUCGAGAAACUUGAUGAUAUCGUUGACGUUGCUGAUCAGCUGGAAAUGGAAGUGGAAUCGCAAAAAUCGUUGGUGGACCCGCUUCUUGCUCAAGCCGAAGCGCUAGAACGAGAUGUGGAAGCGGCCGAGAAUGUUGUCGACGCUCUCAUAUCACGUAACCUCACGGAUCCUGCGAUCGCCAAGGCCACUCGGCAAGACUUAGCCGAUCGCGAUGCGCAGUUUGCUGCACUAUCGCAGCGUGCGGCUGCGAUCCAUGCUGAUCUGCCGGGAAAGUCGAGUGCGAGUCGCGACAGCACACUGUCAUCACUGGGAGACAAAUUGUCGAGACUGGAAUCAAUGCUGAUUCAAUUACGUGGAACUCCAUCUCGUUCGAUCGCCGAUGCAACACCAAUCAAAACGUCGCCAGAUCGAACAAGUGCAAGCAGUAUGGGCCCCUUGGCUAUGGAGGUGGGAAACGUCACAGAUGCUUACAUGACCGAAGAUGAAGGUAUGAGAGAUGAGGGAUCCGCUUCCCCGUCCAAGGAUGCACCAGCUUCACUUCCCAAGGAUAAAUCCCCAAGGAAAUCACCCUUACAAGGGGACACAGCCUUCACGCUCGGGAGUUCUAGCGAAAAUGGCUCUGCAUCGCCACCAAAAGCAAAAAUGCGCAAAGUGAUAGUACCUAAAGAAUCCCAGGAAAGGAAAUCCGCUAAAGCGCCGGUAAAGGAAGAGCCGAAAGAAGAAGUCACUGAGGUUACCAUCGGUGACGUCGACGAAGCUGAACCUACCGUAUCCGUGACCUUCACUCAGCCAAGUACGGUCAAAGUGGAUGUUGAAACUAACGGCCAUGAUGAUCACAGUGAAGACGCGUCGGCUGCUGAACUUCCGCCGUCGGGACCACUUCCUUCCCCAGAUGGGAAAGAAGAGAUGGAGAAGGUCUAUGCCAACCUUGACGCAAUAGAAGAAGCUAUAGCAUCGGACGAACAGUAUCCGAUGGAAGGAAUUGACACUAUGGAGGAGCGUUAUAAGAAAAUGGCAAACGAGCUCGAAGACGCCUUAAGAAAAGUUGACGAGCAUCAGAUGACGAUGGAUGUGCUGCAUGUGUCGCACACUCAAGAAAGGGUCCAGGCCUUGCAGAAGGACCUUGCAGAAAGGAAAGAAAGGGCCAUCGAAGAAAGAAAAGAAUGGCAAACUUUGCAGCAUGUCCUUUUCGAAGCUGAAAAAGGUGUAGCCAUGGGUGACAAUGCCAUGGAUCGUUUCACAGGACGUCAAACAAGUCCCCCACUUCAAGAAUUGGAAGAGCGCCAAAACGCUGUUGAAGAGCUCCUUCCUCGAACCGAAGCACUAGUCUGCGAUGCUGUGCGACGGCUGAGCACGAUUCUGCCGCGAUUGAGGGAGAAUAGUGAGCGGGCACGAGCGAUUCGGAAUCGCGUACGUGAUGUUGAGAUGCGAUUCCGAGAUUUGGUGCGAGCUGCUAGGGAAGCUCGAGUUCGUUUGGAUGCUAGGGCAGUGGAUCAGGGGCAGCUGAAGCAAGGACUGGAAAAUCUCCAAUUUUGGUGCGAUGAAACAGCCACAGAAUUAGAAGUCGAUUUCAAUCCAUUUGAUGCCAAAGCUAUUGAUGAAGCAGUGCGGUUGGCAACGAUAAAGAACGCACAAAUUCCAGAAAAGAAAGCGGCGCUGAUCGCGCUCGAAGCUGCAAAGGAGCGAUUGAUCGCAAUGGCAAGCGUCGAUAAUGCGGAAAAGCACGAAGUUCGUCGUGGUGUCAGCGAAGUAGCGAAAAGAAUCGCAGAUAUCCGCAGCGAUUUGGUGGAUCGCCUACAAGCCCUCAACAAACAGAAGCGCGAUUGUGAGUCGUUCUGGCGGCUCGUGGACGAUAUCGCGAAGCGCGGCAGCGAUCUGCGACGGCGAUGUCAGGCGAUUAACGAUGCUGUGAUAUUCACACCAUCGCCCGAUCACGUUCUUGCGUGCCAUACGGACGCUCGAAAUCUCAAGGAGGAUGUCGCGAUGAUUAAGGAACGAGUUCGAGAGGCUAAUGCGGAACAUCCGAAACUCGCUGGGAAGAAUGAAAAGAAACUGAUUACUGUGAUUACAACGUGCAAUAAUGCUAUCAGUGAAGCGUCAUCACUGCCCGAACCACAACAACCGUCGACGGAUGAUUCAAUGCGUGAUUCUUCUCAUUCGCAAAGUACUGUGGUGGAUGCUACCCGAGGAGAACUGAAAGCACCAUCGUCGUCGAACACUACAGCGGAAAUGAUCGAUGAUGACGGCGAGCUCACAGAUGAGGACACCGUCGAACCUGAGUAUCAGGGUCGGUUGGAGUCGACCGCGAGCUCGACGAAAGACGACGAUAAACGUGAUCCAAGGAUGCCGCCGCACAUGAACGCUCGCGACACGGCGAAUUGGCAGUCACUGACGCAAUUGCGGCACUGGCUCAAUGAACUGGAACGCGAUGCCAGUCUUACUGUCGAUCUAGUGAAUACUGCAGCUAUAAAGGAAAUGAACAACACAGUACAGGGCAUCAUGGAUCACAUACGAAUGAAAAUAAUGGAUGUGGUUGGUAUACAAGAUGCUAGCGCAGCUUCACUGGUCAAACUGAAAGCAAGAGAACUGGUCGAAGACAUGGAUCGCGUAGCAAAACAAUGCGAUCGUCGACGCACAACAUUGACGCAAAUGGCAGAACAGAGCAGGGCUUGGAAUAAUGCUCACGAUGCUGUUGAGAUAUGGAUGCAAGAUGCGGAUUCUAUAAUUGGACAUAAACGAACUGAAGAGUCCAGCGAUGCCGUUAUGCGCGAAGAACUGACAGCCAUUGAAAACCUUAUCAAUGAGUUAGAACAGAAGAAGGAAGCGAUCAAAGACGUGAACGCAAAGGGUAACGCUAUGCUCGACACCUACAAACGGGAUGAAGCGCACAAUCUCAGCCAUGAGCUCAGCAAGCUGAACAUGCGCUGGAGCAAGUUUAAUGACAACCUCCGAAUCCGUCGCGCUGUACUUGAAGCGACCCUUCGCUCACGGACCGACUUUUCCACCGCAUUUACCGAGUUCGAGGAAUGGUUGGGUAAAAUCGCAGCAAGCCUUGGUGAACUCGAAACUCUCACCGAUAACACACAAUCACUCAAAGAUACGGCAAAGCGGCGUGAAUGGAUACAAAAACAGAAAGAACUUGAAACAGAACUGGAUGCGCAUGAAUCUGUGUUGAGAAGUGUAGAGGAAAUGGGAAGAAAGCUUGGUGCCGGACUGGAAUCUGGAAAAGAACGAGCAGAGAUUCAGAAUCGUCUGGAGGCUGUGUCACAGCGAUGGAAAGACGUCAGGAGUACUGAGGCGUCUGUCAGGAAACGACUAGCAGAAGCUGAGCAAGAAUGGGAGAGGCUCACUAACACGUUGUCCUCUCUUAUCGGUUGGAUUGAAGACAAAAGCAAAGAGAUGCUUGCUCAGCAGCCCGUUGGAGGCAGCCUAUCCACGGUCAUGGCUCAAGGUGCUUGGAUGAAAAAUACGGAAAAAGAGAUGGAAGUGAAGAGUAUCCAAGUCCGUGAUGCCAUUACCAACGCGCAUUCAUUCCUCAUGCAACAUGACCUUCGCCCAAAAAUGCACAAAACCGGUGUGUUGGCUGAGGAUGACGAUGCUGAAGCGGUAGAUGCUGAGCAACGUCGUUGUGGUCUACAGAUUCACGCUGAUUGUGAAAAGCUCAAGGAGAAAUGGGCAGAGCUUAACACACAGUUUACCGACUGGGAUAACGCAGUUCAUGCAGCUGCUGUUCGUUUGCAAGAACUUGAGAGAGCUUUGGCUGAAUGCCAACUCCAUCUUAGCUCCGUCGAAUCAGAAGUGGAACAUCUUCACCCCGUAGAACGCCUUCGCUUGGAAGAACUGAAGGAUGCUCGACGGCAAUGCGAACUGCUAGCCACUCGGGUGAAUGACCUCAGAAUCCAUGUGGAUGAUGCUAACGAUGCUUGUGGACGAGUUCUCGCCGCUGAUACUCCAUUAGAUCAACAUCCGCGAAAUCAGCUCGACUCGGUUAAUCAGCGAUUCGUCGCAUUAAAAACAGCACUGCGUGUAAGAAGUGCCGCGCUACGCAAUGCACUUACGGAUUUCGGACCUUCGUCGGAGCACUUCUUGAAUCAAAGUGUGGUUCUGCCUUGGCAGCGUGCUAUCUCCAAAACUAAUCAGCUACCGUACUACAUCGACCACACAACGGAGAAAACACAGUGGGAACACCCCGUUUGGGUCGAGAUGUCCAAGGAACUAUCACAAUUCAAUCGCGUAAAAUUCAUCGCCUAUCGUACAGCGAUGAAAUUGAGGGCACUACAAAAACGUCUUUGCCUUGAUCUUGUCGACAUUCCUAUGCUUGAAAAGUGCUUUUCCCGUCUGGCCGGACUCUCCAAUGAGGAAUCUCCAGGCUUGGAAGGUAUGGUGAGCAGCUUGCUCCCGCUCUUUGAGCAGCUCCACCAGAAACAUCCGCAGAUGGUUCGAAGUGUAGCGCUUGCCGUUGAUCUCUGCAUUAAUUUUCUUCUUAACCUCUUCGACCCAUCGCGAGAUGGACUGCUACGCGUUUUGUCCUUCAAAAUCGCACUUGUUGUUUUUUCGAAUGCUCCGUUAGAGGACAAGUACAGAUUUCUCUUUAACUUGGUGGCUCAAGAUGGACAAGCCGACCAAAAGCAUGUUGCUUUGCUGCUUUACGAUCUCAUUCAGAUCCCCAAACUAGUCGGUGAAGCAGCCGCUUUUGGUGGCUCAAACGUCGAGCCAUCGGUCCGAUCGUGCUUCGAGACCGUGCGUCUAUCCUCGUCCAUUUCUAUAGCCCCCUUCCUCGAAUGGCUCAAACAAGAACCACAAAGUGUUGUUUGGUUGCCGGUGAUGCAUCGCUUGGCCACGGCUGAGUUCGCGAAACAUCAGGCAAAGUGCAAUGUGUGCAAAAUGUUCCCGAUUGUUGGACUGCGAUAUCGCUGUCUGCGCUGUUUCAAUUUGGAUCUCUGCCAGAAUUGUUUCUUCAGUCAAAGGACUGCAAAGAAACAUAAGUUGAAGCAUCCAAUGCAGGAGUAUGCCGUCCCUACCACCUCUUCUGAAGACGCACGCGAUUUUGCUCGAAUGGUCAAGAACAAGUUCUCCAGAAGCAAAAGUAGUCUUGGCUACUUGCCAGUAGAUGUCGGCGAUGAAGGCAGACCGCUAGCCGCGCCACCUGCUGCAGCCAGAAAUCCAGCCACCGAAGCGCUGCACCAGCGAUCGGCUGCGAUAUCGCAUCGCUUGGCUCAGCUGACGGCAUCGCAACCAGCUGAACCUCGAGAUGAACGGAUCGCGGAUAUACAGAGCCCUGCCCAGCUUAUAAGCCAGGUAACGCCACAUUUUUUCAAAAGCCUGGAAUUAUUUUAA